AUGUAUUUAAAAAUAGAAGACAGAAAUGAAAAUGUUCCACUUACCAGAGUGAGUACCACAAAUAUUUCAGUCACACAUAAAUAUACUACUGCCAACACUUUGCCACCACAAUCGCCACCAUCAUCACAUGAGCAAUUACAUCAACCACGACAUCAACCUAUCCGUGUUGAUCCGAGUGAACGAUCUUUAACAAAAAGUUUAAAGAAAUUGAAAAUUAGUAAAAAUAGGAAUAAUCGAAAUAUUAGAAGUGAAGAAGCAGCCGACGCUUAUUCAGACGAUGAUGAUGAUCUUUUUGACGAACGAGAAUAUUUACAAGAUCAAAAGAUCCAUGCAUCAAAUAAAAUGAUAAUUCGGUGUUUAAAAGAUUUACAUAUUUCGCGAAGAGAUGUAUGGCUUAAAAAACGUAGAAAGGAACGAGAACGAAGAUCUAAAGAUGAAAUGGAUAACCUUGAAGUCGAAAAUACGAAUUCGGAUGUUAAUCGAUUACAAGGAGAAAGAUUUAUAGAAGAAUAUACAACUACACCACAAAUACAAGUGGCCAAUAUCCAAUGGAAACAUGAUAAUCAUAUUAGUGAUAUUAUUAAAGUUGAAAUUUGGGAUGUUGUUGAUAAAGGUAUUAAUCCUUUAAAUCCCAGUAAAAAAUCUAAUGCUGGUGGAUUAAAGAUUGAUAAUAAUUCUAAUAAUUCUCAAGAAUUAAGAAAGAUUCCUGAUAAUAUUGCAGUUUUGGUUUUGGGUAAUUUUAAUGAUCUAAAUGCGCAACGAGUAAUAUCUCAAGCACAAAUAUAUCAGGAAAUAUCUGAUUGUAAUCGUGAAAGAGUAACUGAAUAUCCUUCAACAAACAUGAUUCGAUAUGUGGACACUUGUAUGAUGAAUGGAUUGGGAUUAGAUUAUAUUUAUAAAUAUUUUGAUUCCAAAACAAAAGAAUUAGCAAAAUUUCUCAAUGCUCUAGAUAAUGAUAUUAUGAUUGAAGAACAAAUUGGGGAUGGACAUGAAGAUAAUCCUUGGUUAGAAAGUAGGUUAGAAACUGGGUUAGAAACGGGGUUAAAAAAACAAGAAUUAUCAAGUUCACCAUGGAGUCAUGAUAUAAAUAAUAAUAAUGAUAAUAAUAAUAAUUUGAUUAUUGAAAAUACAGAAAGAAAUGAAGGUGAUGUAGUGGUAGGAAAUGUACAACAGAAAAAGAAAAAAGUCAAAGGAUCCAAAAAAGAAUCUAAUACCAAAAAUAGUAAUACAAUUAUAAAUAAUAAUCAUAAUAAUAGUAAUAAUAUAGAAAUUUCAGAAAAUCUAAAUAACAAGAAAAUUAAAAAGAAGAAAAAGAAACCAAUUGACAAUGAUAAUAACAAUAAUAAUAUUCGUAAUAUUCAUAAUAUUCAUGUAAAUACUAUCGAAGAAACACCGACUUCUUCUAAAUCAAUAUUAUCAUCAUCACCCACAAAAAAGAAAAAAUCAAAAAUCAAUAAAAGUGAUAAAAGUAAUAGUAAUAGUAUUAAUAGUAAUAUUGAAGAUAGAGGGUAUACGGAAUAUAAUGAAUAUAAUGAAAGCAGUAGUUUUAUUAAAAAGAAAAAAAUUAGUUCUAAAAAAAAUUAA